AUGAGUCUUGUAGGAGAAUUCACUUACUUUUUUGGUCUUCAAGUAAAGCAAAUGGAAGACAACAUCUUUGUAUCUCAAAGUAAGUAUGCUAAGAGUAUAGUAAACAAGUUUGGGCUUGAAAUUUCAAGUCACAAGAGAACUUUUGCUGCAACACAUAUAAAAAUCAAGAAAGAUGAAAAGGGUGUUGAAGUAGAUCAAAGUUUAUACAGAAGCAUGAUUGGAAGUCCGAUAUACCUUACAGCAAGAAGACUUGGCAACACUUUCUCUGUAGGUGUUUGUAGAAUAUAUCAAUCUAAACCCAAGGCUAGUCAUCUCACUCAAGUGAAAAGAAUUUCAAAAUAUGUAAAUGGGACUAGUGACUAUGGUAUUCUCUAUUCAUAUAGUACCAAUUCAACACGAGUAGAGUAUUAUGAUGCUGAUUAG